UUUCUUGUCUUUCUCAAGUUUAUCAUUUAAAAUGUCUGCCGAUUUGGUUUGGGAAUUGAUCAAGAACAACAACUCUUUCUUGGUCAAGCGCUCCGGCGUCCAGUUCUCUUCUGAGCUCAACAACUUGACCAACUUGAACACCUUCAAGUACUCUGGUCUCGCCAACUCCAAGACUGUCUCUAUCCACCCCGCUGCCCGUGGUAUCCGUGUUGCCUUGACCAAGGCCAAGAAGACCCAGUCCCCUGCCAAGGCCAUCAACGCCACCGUCAUCAACAAGUCUCGCCGCCACACCGCCAAGUCUGUUGCUAACUUGAUCGCCGCCUCCAAGUACAGACCCGACCUCCGUCAGGCUGCCCUUGCCCGCGCUACCGCUUGCAUCAACGUCACCAAGCCCAAGAAGGUUGCUGCCGCCAAGCCCAAGCAGGGUCUCCGUGCUAACAAGGCUGCUGCCAAGCACGUUUAAAAACUGCACCAUUUAUAUACAUAAAUCUUGUGUUGCUGACAGGGCACCCUGACUUGAUCUUGAAACAAUAAAUUUCUAUUUCAAGUUUUUGGAUUUUUUUUAAAAAAAA